AAUCAGGGCGUGACCCUAGCAUGCAACUCCUUUCUCCAGCCGGUUCCACCGGGACUCUUUGUGUAUCUCUCUCAGACUAGACGUCGGGUUAAGUAGAGUCUUGGGGCCGGGGAGGAGCCAGCGUGGAUUCCAGUGGGAUGAGUUUCCUUUCAUGACGUCACGACGGGCUGGGUUGGCGGUUGUUGAUACAACCAGGAUGAGAACCGAAGCAGUUUAUAUUGAGCUUUCACGGUUACCAUUCACCUGUUUUUGUUUUUAAAUAAAACAACCCAAACGUUUAAUUUCCGUACAUCGUUGUGGGCAGUGAAGACAUUCAUUAUAUAUAGUACAACCCGUCAAUCGGAAAGAGGGUACGAGUCGCAUGCAGUAGUUUUUUUUUCAAAAAAGAAAACGACGGACGGAGAACUUUCUUUGAAUUAAACUAAGAGGUGGAAAAGGAGCAGGCCUCGCCUUAACACUGCAACAGGUUUCUACCGAAGAACAAGAAAAUAAGUUUUGUACAGAAGGAAAAUAAGGAAUAAGAACAAAUACAAACAAGAGUGUAAUUAAAAUUUUAAAUAUAUAUACGUGUGUAUAUAUAUAUAUUCUAUUCAGCUGAAAGUUUAAAUGCGGUACGGAGCUAAAAUGAUGCCGAUGUUUCUGACUGUGUACCUCAGUAACAAUGAUCAGCAUUUUACAGAGGUGCCCAUUACUCCGGAGACCACCUGCCGUGAUGUGGUGGAGCUAUGCAAAGAACCCGGAGAAACCGAAUGCCAGCUGGCAGAAAUGUGGCGGGGUUCAGAGCGAGCAAUAGCAGAUGAUGAGCGAAUGCUUGACGUCCUGCAGCACUGGGGGCACAAGAGAACUGAAGUGAGAUUUUUCCUUCGGCAUGACCGGCUACCCAGCAGAGAAUCAGGUGUAACCAGACCCCAGGAUCAGACUGCCAAGAAUGGUGUGGACAGGAGGAUGGAAAACGGGGUGGGAGUUCCCCGGAUGGACAUGACUCUGUCUGAACUGCAGGAGAUGGCAACAAGGCAGCAACAGCAAAUUGAUGCUCAGCAGCAGCUACUAGCAUCCAAGGAGCAGCGGCUGCGCUACCUCAAGAUGCAUGAUCAGAGGCAGCAGCAGCAGGCAUCCGAGCAGGACAAGCUCCAGAGACUGCGGGAAAUUGCAGAGAACCAGGAAGCCAAGCUCAAGAAAGUACGAGUGCUAAAGGGGCAUGUGGAGCAGAAGCGUCUCAGCAAUGGCAAACUUGUGGAGGAGAUUGAACAGAUGAACAGCCUGUUCCAGCAGAAGCAGAGGGAGCUGGUGGUAGCAGUGUCCAAGGUGGAGGAACUCAAUAGGCAGCUGGAGAUGUUGAACAAUGGCAAGAUUGACAGUUUUCAUGAUAACCAAGGGGCUGUUGUUGAGCUUGACCGACUUUACAAGGAACUGCAGCUAAGGAACAAACUGAACCAGGAACAGAAUGCAAAGCUGCAGCAGCAGAGGGAAUGUUUGAACAAGCGCAACACGGAGGUGGUAGUGAUGGACAAGCGUGUGAACGAGCUGCGAGAUCGCCUGUGGAAGAAGAAGGCAGCCCUGCAGCAUAAGGAGAAUGUGCCAACUGUCUUUCCUGGUAAAGAGAAUUCUACAAAAGAAAACCAAAACCAAUAUUUUACAAAGAAGAUUACACCUGACAGCACUGCAUCUCAGCAGACAGGUUCAUCCCAAAGCAGGGUGGCCGCGGUCGGUCCGUACAUCCAGUCCUCCACUGUGCUGUGCGGCCCCUCCAGACGUGAGCUCCUGGUCAAGCCAGCCUACCCUGAUGGCACGUCCACUCUGCCUGUGCAAGACAGUCCCCUGAAAACACAGACGCUUCCAAUGGGAAGAGCUGUGAAAACUGCUGGAGGUUCAGGAAUCCAGGCUCCCAGGCCACCUCAGGGCAGCACUGACUGGAGUAAUGUAGACCCCUCUGCGAACCAUGGCUCGGCCGCCACUCUGCCUAGGACAGGCACCUACAGCACUGCAGAACAGGGUGACAUGGACAUAAUGUUGAGAGAAAAAGACAAGAAGGUGCGUCCUUUCUCCAUGUAUGAAUCCACAGAUCCGUCCACUGGCAUAACGUCCACAGGUGGUCUCCGGAAAAACCAGAGCAGCGAGGAUCUGCUGCGUGAUGCACAGAAUGCUCCCAGGAAUCCAGUGAAAAUCCCACCCCCUGUCCCCAGCAAGCCCAAUAAAAUCAACCUGUCUUUCAUCAAUCCGUCAAGCCAGCCUCUAACUGCUGACAAUAGACUGGAGGGUUCACAGAAGCCUGUUUUGGUUACAGGGACUUUUCCUGGCAAAACCAAGCCGGUAAACCAGCAGUCGCAGCCCUUGGCACAGCAUUCCUCUCAGCAGAUCCAGCAAAGAAUCUCUGUACCCGACCCCCUGCCAGCCACCGGUCAAAGCCACACCCUCCCACUGCCUUCCAAACAGGAGACCCCCCCAGCUGCUACUGUGCACCCCUUCACCCCACAGCCACCAGCUAAGGAGGCACCAUCCCAGUCCUUUCACAAACCACAGACCGUGGCAGCCAGCUCUAUUUAUUCCAUGUACACAAAGCAACAGACCCCGGGCAAAAACUUCCAGCAAGCAGUGCAAAGCGCACUGACCCGUACACAGACGCGAGGGACACCCUUCACUAGCGUAUAUGGUAAACCUGUAAUCGCAGGAACCAGCAACUCCCAGCAACUCUCUGAAAACGCCCACCUGGACCGGUCUGAUUCUGAACCAGAGCAGGGAGUGAUCAGCUCUGGGUCUGAGCCUCAGGAAACAGAGCGAAUCCCUCGGCCCUUGAGCCCCACCAAGCUGCUUCCCUUCAUUUCUAACCCGUACCGGCACCAAAGCGAAAUGGAACUGGAUGCUCUCAGAAAGAAGCUGUACAAUGCGCCUCGGCCCCUGAAAAAGCGCAGCUCCAUCACAGAGCCCGAGGGCCCCAACGGCCCUAACAUCCAAAAGCUGCUGUACCAGAAGGCUACCUUGCCAGCCAUGGGGACAACAGGUUCUACCCCUUUCUAUCAGCCGAAUCCAGCAGCAGAGGAGGAAAAUGGGCCACACGAAGAAGCAGCAGCUAGCAUGAAGGACAGAGAGGGCCCUGAAGCGGAAACAUUGCCUGCAAAUGUCACAUCAGAAGAUGACAUGAUAAUAGAACAGCAGGAUCAGUUUGUGCCCCCUCCACCCUCCCACCCUGCGCCCAUCCUUGAAGGACUGCAGGAAUCCUUGAGCCCUCCAGAGGAAGAGCAUGACCCCAGUGACCCGCUGCCUCUGGUGGUGGAGGAGUACCCAUCGUACCCUCCUCCUCCCUACCCUACCACAGGGGAGCAGGAGAACCUCGGAGAGGACACCUUCAGCAUGCGCCCCCCUGAGAUCACAGGCCAGGUCUCGCUUCCACCGGGUAAGAGGACAAACCUGAGGAAGACAGGCUCAGAGAGGAUAGACCACGGGAUGCGUGUAAAAUUCAACCCACUCGCUCUUCUGCUCGACUCUUCUCUGGAGGGAGAAUUUGACCUGGUGCAGAGAAUAAUAUAUGAGGUGGAUGACCCAAGCCAGCCAAAUGACGAAGGCAUCACAGCUCUUCACAAUGCAGUGUGUGCGGGCCACACCGAAAUCGUCAAGUUCCUUGUCCAGUUCGGGGUGAACGUUAACGCUGCCGACAGCGAUGGUUGGACCCCCUUACACUGUGCUGCCUCUUGCAAUAACGUCCAGGUCUGCAAGUUUCUCGUGGAGUCUGGGGCAGCUGUGUUUGCAAUGACGUACAGCGACAUGCAGACAGCUGCUGAUAAGUGUGAGGAGAUGGAGGAAGGGUACACCCAGUGCUCGCAGUUCCUCUAUGGUGUCCAGGAGAAGAUGGGCAUCAUGAACAGAGGGGUGGUGUACGGGCUGUGGAACUACGAGGCUGACAACGAUGACGAGCUCGUGUUCAGAGAGGGGGACUGCAUGACGACUGUGCGGCGCGAGGAUGAGGAUGAGGUCGAGUGGUGGUGGGUGCGGCUCGGAGACCAAGAGGGAUACGUCCCCCGCAACCUGCUAGGGUUGUAUCCAAGAAUCAAACCAAGACAAAGGAGCCUAGCAUAAAGGUUCUGGAGUAAACCCUCAAACCCUUUUAAUCUGCCUGUGACACGGCAGCUGAAAUUAAAAAAUAAAAUAACUAUAUAUCGUCCAAGUCUUUUAGAAUGAAGAAAGCCGCUCGUAUGAAGAAAACACUAAAUGAAGGAACAAUGCUUUUGCUUUUUUGUAAUGUGAAGGUCUGUUCCACAGACUGAUACUGUUGCUGCUGUGGUGUGAGGUAAAAAAAAAAAAAAGGGAUUUAAACAAAAGACCAAAUUCAGACGGGUGGCUUUUUAUUGAAAAAUGGCAGCACCACACCUCUCAUGUCACCAGUUAUGUAUAUUCGAACUGUUUGCUGCAGCAUUGAGAGUAAUAUAGAACUUUAAGAUAUUGCUUUUGUGUAGAAAGUGUUAGUAAUAAAUAAAUAUAUAUAUAUAUAUAUAUAUAUAUAUAUAUAUAUAUAUAUAUAUAUAUAUAUAUAUAUAUAUAAUAUAUAACAUAUUGUACCAGGCUUGCUUUAUAUGGUGGUAUUGUGAUUUGAAGGCCAGACAUGAACAGCAGGGCUGUUUGUGGACCUGAUUAAUGUCUUCAAUGCAAUGCUUGGCUGGUCAAAGUCAUUUGGUCUGUAAGAAAGGUGUAUUGAUACUAUCUCUAGUAUUUGUUUUUUUAUAGGAGUAAAAUACAGAAGUUUUAUUUUUUACUCAAUAAAAGCAUGGUUGAUAGGGCUUCAGUUUACUAA